AUGUCUGGGUUGGGCAUAAAUACAGUUACAAAAAUGAAUGAAAGUUAAUGCAAAGUCCUCAGUUUGAUGAAAGAACAAGGAUGUGUGGGUGUAGGGGGUAAUGAUAUAGUUUUAUUUAUCAGAGAAGCCUCUCUAUGUGCAUCCUUUUUUAUUUGAAAGUUAGAAUAGACCAAUUAAUUUCAAUGCUAUUGUUUUAAAUGUCUUMUGUUCCUUGUUAUUUUCUUCCUCAGGUAAACACUUUUCAGAAAGAAAAAAAAAAGUCUAAUUUGUGCAUUUACUUUCUCACGGUGCCAAGAACAGCUGCAGCGCUGAGGAAACUAAAUGUCGCCGACUGACUCCGUCACAGAAAAUGUUUUUGUACUUCGGUCUAAUCUUGAUUUGGUUUCUGUUCAGUCAAAAACUACAAAGAGUCGCUGAUGAGCAGGGGUUGUGUUCAGGCAGCGUAAAUUUCUAUUUUUAAUCAUUUCUGGGUUUUUUUUUCUGAUGAUAUUAAGAGGCUUUUUUAAUGUUAUAAAUGAGGGCAUUCUCACACAGAGGGGAGGUCAGAGGUCAGCWACAGCCUGCUGCUGGCAGGAGGCUCUGAGGUCACAUGACACGUAUAAAAAGUGUUCGAUUUGUGCAGAAACAACUAAUAACUCAUCCUCCUCCCUCUGCAGCUGCUCCACUUCCUACCCCAUCCUCUCCAGCCCACACGUGCGGCUGCGUGCGCGYGUGUGUGUGUGUCAGUACCGUGGUGUUGCAGUUCGAUGCCUCGAACCCAGAGGCAGGAGGGAGCGAGGUGCAGAUCUGGUUGGGCUCCACUUCAAAAAGCCAGCGCAGACCACGACCUCGCUGCUGGAGGGCUUCUGCAAACGCUCCGCUGCAAUGAUCCGAUUGGACGGAGCAGCAGCAGCAGGCUCCAGCUGGGGCGUGGUUUCAGGUCUGGCUGCAGUGCCUCCUGACAGAUCCCACUCAACGCCACGCAGACGGGUUCACCUGCUUCUUGUUCUCCGGGAGAUUUCAAAUGGACCCCAAAUGGAUUCAGGUUCUAGUGAUGCUGCUGUUUAGUCAAAAAAUCAACUCAGCUUCAGCUCAUGUUGCUAAAGCAAAGGAGGGGAAAGAUGUUUCGAUCCAGUGUACGCCUAAAAAGGACGGGGCAAGCAUGGUGAUCUGGUUUCGAGUCUUGGACAAGUCUGGCAUGGAGUUCAUUGCAUCAGUCGCCCUCAGCGGACAGCUAAAGAAAUCUGCACAUUACUUUGAUCAAAUCUUCAGACUGACAGAGUCUCACACCCUCACUCUGAAGUCCUUCAAAAGAGAGGACAGUGGGAUCUACAGCUGUGCCUGUCUGGUCGGUGGAAACAGACUCGAAUUUGGAGCAGUAACCAAACUGGAACUUGAAGAAGAAAUUAAAAAGGCAACCGAAGCUCCAGCACCGCAGCUCACYGCCCAGAUGACAACAACAAAUAAAUGUGACUGUAAAGACAAAGACCAGACAGGUAACGUCCCCACGUUCUGUACCAUCCAGAGACCUGUGAGAGGACAAACAGAGGUAAACAAGUGUUUGUUUGUUUGUCAGAUUCAUCCAUGUUUUGUGCCCCGAUCAUCCUGGGCCCCCUGGCUGGAGGCUGUGGCCUUCUUCUCCUGCUCCUCUUCAUCACCACUAUAUACUGCAACAGUGAGUUGAUUUAAUACAGAGCUCACCUGAAACCAUCAUGUUCAUCUAAACGAUUACAAUCAUUAAUUAAMCUUAGAUUUCCUCCGCAAAGCUGUGCUUUUAAUUAUUUUACGUCUUUGCCCAAAUGCAAAUAUUCUCCAACUUUAAUGUUGUUUUUCUUUUUAGAAAUGAGGACUCGAAGGUGCCCA